UGUCGGCUGCGGCUGCUACGGCUCUCGACGCGAUUUCACUAAUUUCACAUAAUAUGCCGCCUAGGGCACUACUUACAACACAAAGUUUAGGUUAUCCAUCCAGUAGGUUAGUUUAUGAUCGGUCAUCAAGUGUUUUAGAUGGACUCGUAGACACAACUACCCUUGCCGGAGUGCUUCGGGCCGUAGCCCCGGUAGCUCACGAUGCAGCGGGCUCGCCGGGCAGCACACGCCGGAGAAGGAGUAAGCGGAGGCGGUGCGACCGGCGGCGGAAGCGCGGCUGUCGAGGUGGACUAACGGCUAAGCUGAAGGCUAACCCCUACAAAAAUGAGCACCUCACUAAGAAGAAUGCUGAGAUAGCCUGGAACGCACGUAAACUGAAGAAGGAAAACAAGAUUCUCGCAACGUGGGUCAGAAAUUGCAAGGUAUGGAUUAAAACGAACGGAGCAACACCAGAAGAUGUCAAAACUCUCGUUGUGAGUGAACUGGAGGAACUGAAGAAAUAUGGCCUGGUGGUGGGGGAACCUAACAUCUACAAUGGCUGAAUUGAUGACCAUUAUCUGGUACUUAUGGACCCUCCGGACGAGAAUGGUGGAUUACAGCGGAGUACAAUAUGGCAAACAGAGACUGGCAGGGAGGACAUCCAUCUCAGGGAUGUGUGGCCAUGGUCGGAGCCGUCACAGGUUUGGCUGUCCACAUGGCGAUGCUGGUGCCGACUACCACACCUCGGCGUGUGCGGAUCCUGUUCCUGGCCCUGACAGCUGGGGUGGCUGGGCGCGUCGGUCAGGACCUACGUGACUCAGCGACAGCCUGCUCAUCCUGUUUUUAUGGCUGCGGAUCGAGAGACACCUUCAAGUUCCUGGGAACCACAAUCUCUCGGGACCUGAAAUGGACCGGCCACAUAGACUCUGUCCGGAAGAAGGCCCAGCAGAGGCUGUACUUCCUGAGACAGCUCAAGAAGUUCAACCUGCCCCAAGAGCUUCUGAAGACCUUCUACACUGCCAUCAUCCAGUCUGUCUUCUGCACCUCCAUCACUGUCUGGUUUGGAUCGGCCUCCAAACAAGACAAGCACAGACUGCAACGGACCAUCAGGACUGCAGAAAAGAUCAUUGGAAUCAACCUCCCAUCUAUCCAAGACUUGUACCUGUCCAGGACCAGGAAACGUGCAACGAGCAUCUCUACAGACCCUUCUCACCCAGGUUGCAGUCUGUUUGAACUACUCCCCUCCGGACGGCGUUAUAGAGCUUGGUACGCCAAAACCAGCAGACACAGAGACAACUUCUUCCCCCAGGCUGUUGCUCUGAUGAACUCACGCCACUCUUAGAGUCUCAGAGUCAUUACUGUGCAAUAACAUCCUGCUCUCCACACUUUUUUUGAAUUUGUCUACACUGUUUGUACUAUGAGUCCUCUCUUCAUCCAUUGCAGCCUGGUCAUCCUGGAUAAGGGACCUUCCCAUCUGUGGUCUCUUCUCAAGGUUUCUCAUUUCCCCUAGCUGGAGUUUGGUUUUUCCUUGCCCUUUUGGGAGUUUAAGAUCAGGGGAUGUUUGAGAAUAUUUGCCAUUUUUCACAUGUCCUGAGUAUUGUUAGUCACCUAAAUGUUGAACAGAGGGUGUGAUUUACCAAAGUCAAAUUCCUUGUUUGGCAUGCUCAAACAUGGCGAAUAAAAAAACUCUUGAAUCUCUUGAAUAA